AUGUCGUCAGGUCCAGGCCAACCCUCUGCCCCGUCAAAACCUGUCAAUAUCCCCAGUCAGACUUCUUCGUCGUUGCAAGCUGCCCCAAGCUCCGGCAUUGACCUCGUUUCUCAACGAAGAGUCCACGCCGGUCUGGCUGCCGGAACAUCCUCCUCCAAGUCUCUGUCGGCUCCGCGGAACAAUCAGGCCAGGAAGAGUCAGCACAAGCGCCAUCGUCGCCCUCAUCUGGAUGACGAGGAUGUCUUCGCCGAAUCAGCUGCGAUGAGAUCGACAAUGAGCCGCAAGGGGCAAACCUCUAUCACUCAUCUCAUGAACUUUUCUCUUCCUCCUCGACCACAGCAUAAUCACCAUUCGUAUCCUCGUAGCCAACGGCGGAACCAUACUUGGGCACCCCGUUCUGGCCACCACGCAGUUGAUAAAGCUAGAUAUGUCCAUGCAAAUUAUCGUUUUAUCGUCAAUCCAAAGAACAGCUACCAUGCCCAAGCCACCAACGCUGACGUCCAUCUUGACUGGAACUCAGUUCUGCAAGUAUUAGUCUCCACUGAUACCCAAGCAGCCAGCUGCCCAAUCUGUCUCUCAACCCCCAUUGCUCCCCGUAUGGCUAAGUGCGGGCACGUCUUUUGCUUGCCAUGCCUUAUCCGGUUCAUGCACUCGACUGAUGAUUCGAAUCCCAUCCCGGAAAAGAAGGCUCGGUGGAAGAAAUGCCCAAUAUGCUGGGAUACCAUCUACAUAUCAGAGACACGACCAGUAGGCUGGAACAUAGGACAAUCUGACCUCCCCGUUGAAGGUGGCGAUGUGGUUCUGAGAUUGGUUAUGCGACACCCCCGGAGCACCCUUGCUCUUCCACGGGAUGGUGUUGAGGCUAUUAGUCUCGACGAUGAUAUCCCCUGGUAUCAUAUUGCAGAUGUGCCCGACUAUGCCCAUAUUAUGAAGGGGGGUGAGGAUUAUAUGACCUCCCAGUAUAAUAAGGAAAUUCAAGAUCUGGAGAGACAGGAACGGGAGGAUGAAUUGCUUUUCGGUGAUGAUACCACUUGGACCCGGAAAGCUAUUGCGGCAAUAAAAGAGGCGAAGGAAAAGGUUAAGGAUAUUGGUAAUCCACCAAUUCCCUCCCGCCAACCAGCUGAGCGGCGGCAAGCCAGAGCCCCCAUCAUAUUUGAGGAACUGCCAGACGGUGUCCCGGAGAUGUAUAAAAUCGAACAUGCUACAAAGUCUGAACAGAGUUCAACCAGCAAUGCACAAACACCCUCGAAUCCUCAAACCACUCCGCAAACAAAUCCCUCCAACCCCGUCGAAACGGACACCGUUUCAUCCGCCAUCUCAAAACUAGACAUCAAUUCACUUCUCCAAACCCACGACUCCUGUACAACACCUGCGAACCCACCUCCCCCCUCCAAACCCCCCAUUAAACAAAAAGACCCCUUACACUACUCUCACUCCCCACCCCACUUCAUCGACCACCCUUUCUACUUCUACCAAGCCCUUCCCCACUUCUACCUCUCCCCCCUAGACAUCCGCAUACUCAAAACCGCCUUUGGUGACUACAGCCAAUUCCCUUCCACCAUCCUCCCGCGCAUAGAGCGCAUCUCAACCGGCCACAUCGUUGAUGAAGACCUGCGCAAACGCACAAAAUACCUCAGCCACCUUCCCCACGGCUGCGAAGUAAGUUUCCUGGAAUGUGACUGGCACGAUAUCGUCAGUCCGGCCGUCCUGGAGAAGUUUGCCGCUGAGCUGGAGCGGAGGCGGAGGCGUAAUCGCGAGAAGGCGGCUAGGGAGGAGAAGGAGCGCAUUCGGGCCGAGAAGAGUGAGGAGGAGCAGAGGUGGGCAGCGGCGGCAGCGCGGAGGAAGAGGGAUAGUUUAUCAGGACCUGGAUACAGUCUGGAUCAGCAGCAGCAGCAGAUGCUGCGCGAUCGUGAUCGCAAUAGCCCUUUCGACGCAAGUGACUUCCAACCUCUCUGCGUGGGCCCUGAAACGCCAUCCGCAUCCGCAUCCGCAUCAACCCCAACCCCAGUCUUCGACCCAAGCAUCUCUUCCGCCUCUCCGCCCUGGUCCUCCUCGCGUAGCAGGAAUUGGCCCUCGUUCGCAGCCCUGGCGUCGCCAGCGGGUAGUCCGCCGGAUGCUCCUCGUACUAGCGGGGCGGGUGCGGGUGGUGGUACUUAUAGGACGGUGUGGGGGACGGCGGCGGUUGCGCCGACGAUGAUGGGGGAGAGUAAGAGCGUGGAGGGUGGGGUGGAUGAUGGGUGGUUGCAGGGGUGGGAGGUGGAGGGGGAAAGAGGUGUGCUAGGUGAUGCGACGAAUGUUGCGGGGAAUGGUGGUGGUGGUGGUGUUCGUGGCACUGGUAGUGGGACGGGAGGCAAGAAGAAAUAUAAGAAAAUUACGCUUAUGAGUACAACUGCAAGGCGUGCGGCGUGA